AUGUAUAAAAAUUAUAUUAAUAUUUUUAUUUUAUUUUUCUUUAUUCAAUUUAUAUAUAGUCAAAAUAUUUCAUAUUUAAUAAGAAAUAAAAGAUCAAUAGCAAUUAAAAAAAAUCCUUUAUAUAGUAAUCCUAUUAGAUAUUAUAUAUCAAAUGAAAUUAAAAAUAAAGAUAUUAUUAAAAAAUCAUUAACUUACCUUCAACAUUAUACAUGUUUAAAAUUUAAUGAAAUAGAAAAUAAGAUUGACAUUAAUGGGAUAAAUUUUAUGCAAUCAAAUCAAAAUAGUAUUGAUUUUACAUAUUAUGAUAAAAAUAUUUCUUUUGUUAAUUUGACAAUACAAUGUAUAGAAGAUUUAGGUUGUUUAAAACAUUUUUUAGCUGGAGCACUUGGAUUACAACCAGAUUCUUCUCGUGCUGAUAGAAAUAAAUUUAUAAAAAUAAUGGAAGAAAAUCUUGAUAAUUUAUAUACUAAAUAUUAUAAUGCUGAAAAUGGUUAUUCUACAAAAAUUUUUAAUACUGGUUUUGAUUAUGGUUCAAUUAUGCUUCAAAAUACUACAUAUGGGUCUAAAAAUGGUCAACCAGUAUUUAACUCUAAAUUAUCACCAUAUUAUGAUUACAUGAUUGGUCAAAGAAAUGAUUAUAGUCAUAAUGAUCUUAAAUUAAUUAAUUCUUUUUAUUGUCCUAAUUUUUGUAUUACAAAAAUUGAACCAUGUUUUAAUGGGGGUUAUCCACAUCCUUAUUGUCAAGCAUGUGUAUGUCCUGAAGGUUUUGAGGGUAGACAUUGUAAUAUUAUUGCACGUUCUCAAGGUCCCUGUGGUGAAACUUCUUUAAAAGCAUCAAAAGAUAAAAAAAUAUUAAAUAUAAAAGGACAAGGUAAAUGUAUCUUCUCAAUUUCUUCUAAAAAAGGAACUACAAUUGAUAUAACAGUAGAUUAUGUAAAAACAAAUAAUAAAAUUCGAUGCUCACAAUAUAUGGGUCUUGAAAUUAAACAUCGUUAUGAUAAAGGUGCAAUGGGACUUUGUCUUUGUGGUGAGUAUAGAAAUAUAACAAUUCCUAAAACAAAACAAAAUGUUGUGAUUAUUUAUAAUGGAAAGGAAAGUGAUCAUGAAUUUAAAAUUUCUUAUAAGAUGAUUAAAUAG